UUAUUGUUUUGUUUUUCCAUCUCUUCGUUUCUUCUCCUCCAAUUAAAACAAGGGAGGGGAAAACGAACCCAAAAAGGUUCCCCUGCUUCCGUUUUCAUUUUCUGGCCUCUGUUUUUCAAUUUGGCCGGAAACCCCGAUGCUAAUCAGAUUCUUCUGAGAUUUUGCUUUCCUUCCUUCCUGACUGAGUUUAUUUAUGGCUUCCUUUGUUCUUCAUGGAGGCCUAUAAUCUAGGAUGUGGCAGAGCUUGGAAUCGGAAAUGGGAUGUCGGAAUCAAGCUCCAGGAAUCUAAGGUUUUGGUCUUCUCGGAACAAUUACUAAUGGAGAUGAUCAAAGAUGCAGACUUUGAUCUGGGUUUUCUCCAGAAAGGCUGAGCUUGUAAAUGUUUGCUAGAAGAUAUCUAUAUCUAUAUAGAAACAGAGUAAAACCAAAACCCAGAAAGCAAAAGGGUUUUUCUUUUUUAUCAGUAUGGAUGAAACUCCGACGAGCUCGCCGGCUGUGACGAUGCAGCACACGCCGGCGCGAAGGAAGAAGAUUGCGAAGCAGCUGACGGGGAAGAAAGGAGACACUUCGCUGCAUUCCGCGGCAAGGAGCGGGAACAUGGCCGCCGUAGUGGAAAUCCUAUCCGGGAGCGACGAGGAGGAAUUGAGGGAGGUUUUGGGGGUUCAGAACCAGUCCGGCGAGACCCCCCUCUACGUGGCGGCGGAGUACGGGUACGUUGACCUGGUCAGGGAGAUGAUCCAGUACUGCGACGUCGCCGACGCUGGAAUCAAGGCCAAGAAUGGAUUGGACGCCUUCCACAUUGCCGCCAAGCAAUCGGAUAUAGAUGUUUUGAGGGUGCUGAUGGAGGCUCAUCCAGAGCUAGCAAUGACAGUAGAUCUGUCAAACACGACGGCGUUGCACACGGCGGCGAUGCAAGGCCACAUCGAGAUAGUCAACUUUCUUCUGGAAGCAGGGAGCAGCAUAGCCACCAUUGCCAGGAGCAACGGCAAGACAGCCCUGCAUUCCGCUGCCAGAAACGGACACGUCGCGGUGGUAAGGGCACUGGUUUCGGCGGAGCCAGCGAUCGCAACGAGGACGGACAAAAAGGGCCAGACGGCGCUUCACAUGGCCGUCAAAGGCCAGAACGUUGUCGUCGUGGAGGAGCUGAUCAAGGCUUCACCUGAGAUUUUGAACUUGCUCGACAACAAAGGAAACACUCCUUUGCAUAUUGCUAGCCGAAAAGGCAGAGCACCGAUAGUGAAAUUGUUGCUCCAACACAAUGAAUUGGACACGAAAGCGGUGAACAGAAUGGCGGAGACGGCGCUCGACACGGCGGAGAAGAUGGGUCAAGACGAGGUGAAAGCCAUACUCGAAGAACACGGCGUCGAGAGCGCAAAAAACCUCAACCCGCAGAACCGAAACCCGGCCCGAGAACUGAAACAGACGGUGAGCGACAUCAAGCACGAGGUUCACUACCAGCUCGAGCACACGCGACAAACCCGAAAGCGGGUUCAGGGGAUCGCGAAGCGACUGAACAAAAUGCACGCCGAGGGCCUCAACAACGCCAUCAACUCCACCACCGUCGUCGCGGUCCUGAUCGCCACUGUGGCCUUCGCCGCGAUCUUCACCGUCCCAGGCCAGUACGCGAGUGACCCGACCCAGAUGCUCCCCGGACAGACCCCGGGCGAGGCCAACAUUGCACAUCAGGCACCCUUCAUGGUGUUCUUCCUCUUCGACUCUGUCGCGCUGUUCAUAUCGCUGGCGGUGGUGGUGGUGCAGACGUCCGUGGUGGUGAUCGAGAGCAAGGCGAAGAAGCGGAUGAUGGCGGUGAUCAACAAGCUGAUGUGGAUCGCCUGCGUCCUGAUCUCGGUGGCGUUCCUUGCGCUGUCGUUCGUGGUGGUCGGCGAGAGCGAGAUGUGGCUGGCGGUUACCGUGGCGAUCAUUGGGACGGUGAUAAUGGCGACAACACUCGGCACGAUGUGCUAUUGGGUGAUUAAGCACCGGAUUGAGCUGUCCAAUCUGAGAAGCAUUCGCCGAAAUUCUAUGAACAGUCGGUCUCUAUCGUUUUCGGCUUCGUAUAUGUCGGAUUCCGAGCUGCUUAAUAACGAGUUCAAAAACAUGUAUGCCAUUUAGAAUUUGCUCAUCUUUUUUUACUUACACUUCUUGUAUACUUUUGUCACCAAACAAAGCGUAGAAAUAUCGAUGUAACCGCUAACCGGCCGAUUGGAGCAAUCUUCAGCAUUAUAAACGAUGACUUGUUCGUUUGAUCGAUUCAUUUGCAGUAUAAAAUGUAUCAACUCGCGUGGCCCAUUCUACAAACACCAAAAAUGGGACUACAUAGGUUUUGUAUAGUUAUUGGUUGUUGGUGGUAUAAUCGUUUUGUAUAGUUAUUGGUAUUAUAUUGUAUUGCUUAAAUGUGAUAACUGAAUUAUCGUUUCAGGUCAUCGGUUAUCA